GUCAAAACAACAGGAACAGGAAACGUACUGUAUCGCGCAUGCGCAUUGUCCAGGUUCAGGCGGCAAGCGCGAGGUGAACGUUGAGGUGAGAGCAACACUGAGUGCAUUCUGAUCGAGAGGAAGCUUUAAGUCUCCCUUGGUGAAUCCACUGCUCUGUAAAGAUGGACUUCCAGCACAGGGCCGGUGGAAAGACCGGCAGUGGAGGGGUGGCUUCGGCCUCCGAGAGCAACCGGGACCGGCGAGAACGUCUGCGCCAGCUUGCUUUAGAAACCAUAGACAUUAACAAGGACCCAUAUUUUAUGAAGAACCAUUUGGGCUCUUACGAAUGCAAGCUGUGUCUCACACUUCAUAAUAAUGAGGGGAGUUAUCUGGCUCACACACAAGGAAAGAAGCACCAGACUAAUUUAGCACGGAGAGCAGCUAAAGAGGCCAAAGAGGCUCCGGCCCAACCAGCACCCGAAAAAGUAAAGGUGGAAGUCAAGAAGUUUGUAAAGAUCGGACGACCAGGUUACAAAGUAACGAAACAGAGGGAUCCAGAGACCGGACAGCAGAGUCUGCUCUUUCAGAUUGACUAUCCUGAGAUUGCAGAGGGGAUUGGACCUAGACAUCGCUUCAUGUCUGCAUAUGAGCAGCGCAUUGAGCCUCCAGAUCGUCGCUGGCAGUAUCUGCUCCUGGCAGCCGAGCCUUACGAAACUAUUGCAUUUAAGGUCCCGAGCAGAGAGAUAGACAAAUCAGAAAGUCGCUUCUGGACUCACUGGAACAGAGAAACGAAACAAUUUUUCCUUCAGUUCCAUUUCAAAAUGGAGAAGCUUAUGCCUCCGCCUGGCGGACAGGCGCCUCCUGUCACCAUCAAGCGCCCACCUCCUCUGAUGACCGGCCUCGGUGGUCAACCACACGCCGACACCAUGCCCCCGCCGCCACCCGGAGGAAUUCCGGGGAUGCCCCCUCCUCCACCCAGUGGCCCUCCACAGAUGCAUGCCUCUGGCUUGCCUCCUCCUGGUGCUCUGCCGCCUCAUCUGCGCCCACCGUUACCUGCUGAUGGACCAGGAGGAAUUCCUCCUUCACCAAACAACUGAGUGUGGCGAUUAGGAGGGUUGUUUACUCUUUACGUUGGAUUAGAGAGGAUUUUGUUUAGCAGGUGUUCUGUGAACUUUUUCAUUCUUUUUUUUUUGUAAAUAAGAACAGGAGGUGUAAACACAUCACGGUGUCAUGGUUAUUGUUGAUAAAUUUUAUAACUGCAUUCCUGCUCAGACCUGAGCAGUUUCCUGUUCUCCUGGGAACCCUCUAUGUUACAGCACAACCUGUAAUAACUGAAUUGCAUCACUGAGGUCCACAUAUUCAGGUGCCUAGAAGAUGGCGUGAUCUUUAAGCUGUAAUCUACAAUUUUGAGGCGUUUUUUUUAUUUUAAAAUAGCUACAUCACCCAAACAUUUUUUUAAUGAUUAUUAAAAAACUGAUAUUGGUUAAUGUGUGCGUGAGUGCUGCCCUUUUUCCACCCCUUUCUUCUAAUUUAACAUCUAGCUUGUUUGCUCUGACUGUCUUGUUGCUGUGUUUUUAACACAACCUAGGAUUGUUUAAACAAUCAUAGCUCUAGCUAUAGUCCUGUUAUAAACCUUAACCUGAGGCAGCAUAAAUAAAUCAUACAGUGCCAUUGAAAUAGCUUUGAUAAAAAAGGCCCUAAUAAUUUGAUGGUUGCUUUCAAUAAAAUGUACAGCAAAUGUAAUACUUAUUAAAUUAUGCUCUGCAAAAAUCAA